UUUGUACUGCCAUUACACGACCAGUCCUAAUUUCUAUUUUUCCUCCAAAUGGUUCAAACUUUGGAUGUGGAACUGCAGAUGUAGGCAAUGUGGAGAAAGAGAAACUCAUAAACAUCGCAACACCAACACGAGUUAGGUGUUCUUCUGCGCUAUUCAAAAGGGUCACAUUUCCAACAUAAGAAGUGCAUGAGCCCGAGAACUUCCCAGCAAGUUUGAGUUUGUUUAAAAAGUGUGCUUCAAACAAAAACUCUGAAGAAAAUGGGGUGGCUUUUUCCUAUUUUCUUUCUUUGUUUUCUGGGUCUUACUGUAACUGGUCAAGAAUCCAUUGAGUUCCUAAACCUAUGUGAGACGAGUGAUGACAUUUUACAAGCCUCAUCACAAGCUGAUGAGCUUCCCUUGGCUGUUUCAGUGAAUGCUGAAGACCUCAAUGAGGUCUCUUUCAGUAUUCUAUUGGCUGAAAGAUGGCUCAGAAACAACGUUCUUGCACACUACCCUGCCUCCAGUAUCACCACCAUAGUUGUGGGAACCACUGCUUUCUGCCAACAACACCAACACAACCACCUCUCUGAGGUUCUGUCUUCCCUGAAAAAUGUCUACCACUCACUCAAGAGGUGGGGUUUGGAGAAAGACAUAAAAGUUUCUGUUGCUUUUACUCUGGACUGCUUGUCUCUAAACAGAGUUUAUUCUAACAAUGAUUUGAAAAUGGUUAAACCCCUCUUAGAGUUUCUCCAAGAGGUAAACUCCACAUACUCUGUGAUCCCACAUAAUGGCUUCUCCCAUUUCUCUGAUAAAAGUUUGAGCUUGGUGUCUUCUCGCUUUGAUUCCUUGAAAAAGCUUGGAUUUUUCUGUCUCAGCAACAUAAAUGUCAUCGCCAUUGUUACAAAAGGGAGAAAAAACACAGCAAGAAAGCUUUCAGUUGUUGAUUUUAGCCCAAUAGGCUCUUUACCAGUAAGGCCAGCUCCAACACCAGAAAUAGCCAAGCCACCAAUGAUUCCUUCCAAUGUACCUUUGCCUCCUUUAGCACAAGUAGUUUCUUCACCCCCACCAAUACUUUCUCCCGCUUUUGCCCCUGAAGAGCCACCAUUCGGUGUUCCAGCUAGUUCACCUCAUGGUUUCACACUCCCUCCUUGUGAUCCGCUACACAAUGGCUCACCUUAUCCCCAGAUAUUCCCUGUCCAGAAGGUGUGGUGUGUGGCUAAGCCUAGUGUUCCUGAAGAUACCCUGCAACAGGCUAUGGACUAUGCUUGUGGAGAGGGUGGUGCUGAUUGCAUGGAGAUUACGCCGCAGGGAAACUGCUACUAUCCUGAUACUGUGGUUGCUCACGCUUCCUAUGCUUUCAACAGUUACUGGCAGAAGCACAAGAGAAAUGGCGGAACAUGCAACUUUGGAGGCACUGCCAUGUUGAUCAAUGCUGACCCAAGUUUCCUUUCGGUUUAUUGUUAGCUAAGCGAAAUCAAAGUGGUGCUGGUGACCUUCUUUUUCUUGCAGUUAGUGUUGAGGAUUUUAUGUUAAGGUGACAUUGCUUUUGAUUUCAUUGCAAUCUGUUUAUUUAUAAUGUAUGGACCUAGUCAGCUUCUCUAUUGGGAAUAGAACAAGGACUAACUUAGUUACUUUCCAGCAUAAUUGUCAUGUUGUUUGUUUUCCCAUGGUUUAUGGAUAUAUGUAGUAACUAAGUUGUAGUUCUGUUCUGAAUUACUUUUCUGAUCUAUGUCUAUUUUUCCUUCAAUUUUCUACUAGAAUUUUAUCAGAUGUACCAA